GCUGCCUUGCAAACAUAACAUGGGGAAGAAGUGCCGAAUGCCGAAAUUAUAAGCAAGCGACCAGUUCAAAGUGGAAAUUUUUAACAAUAAUGUAAAGCGGCCAUGGAAACGAAUUGGUAACUGUCAAGGUCUUGUAGAUUGUUUACCAAAUGAAUGGCUAUGCAAUCGACCGUUGCAAGGAAGAAUUGCAGAAGUCCAACUAAUAACUUGGACAGAAAUGUUGUUGAAGCAUUUAAUCAGCUUCACCUUAGCGUCAUUGCUCAUUUAUGAUAUCUGUAUGACGAGAGCUGCAAAGGUAAAACGUUUUAGCUACCCAUUGAUGAGAACAAGACGAGGCUUAAGAGAUAUUAGAGGUGUUCCCACAGAGAACUUGAAGGGACGGCCAGGGCAAGGAUAUUAUAUUGCAGUUGAAGUUGGCUCCCCAUCUCAAAGAAUAAACGUGUUAGUUGACACAGGAAGUAGCAAUUUUGCCAUAGCUUCCAGCCCACAUCCAUAUUUGCCGGUUUAUUAUCACCCUGAAAGGUCAGUGACUGCUGUUGAUCUUCAUCGACCUGUUGCAGUACCUUACACACAAGGAAAUUGGGAAGGAGCUCUUCUCACAGAUGUCAUUCGCUUCAUUGAUGGACCAAAUGCAACUGUCAGGGUCAAUGUUGCAGCAAUAUUGAGUUCUGAGAAUUUUUUUAUAAAUGGAUCAAACUGGGAAGGCAUUCUUGGUCUAGGAUAUGCACGACUAGCUAAGCCUGACACCAGUGUGGUUCCUGUUUUUGACCAAUUUGUCAUGGCUGGUGUGACUGAAGACAAAUUCUCGAUGCAACUAUGCAGUAGCAGUGAGCUGGACCCAUCUGCUGAACCAACCGUUGCUGGUACGAUGGUGUUUGGAGAUAUUGACGAGGAGCUGUAUAAAGGGGACCUUCUUUACACUCCAAUUGUAAAAAAGUGGUACUAUGAGGUGAUCGUUACUGACAUCGCUGUCAAUGGAAUUAGUUUAGGCUUCAACUGCAAGAAAUACAACUACGACAAAACAAUCGUGGACAGUGGGACUACCAACCUGCGUGUUUCAGAGGAAAUUUUCGAUAGCAUUAUAACCAACUUAAAAAAGUAUGAUAAGCUUGGCGUUCCUGACGAAUUCUGGAUAGGUCGCCAAAUGAUGUGUUGGAAUUACGACAAAACACCCUGGGAGGAAUUUCCAGACAUGUCCAUUUCAUUGUUAUCUGCAACUAGCUCGUCGAAAGAAUUCACUUUAAAAAUUCCUCCACAGUUAUAUCUGAGAGAAACCAUCGAAAGAGGACCAUUACCUGGACAGCAUUGUUAUAAGUUUGCAAUCACAAAAGCUGAGAAGGGUACAGUCAUUGGCGCCGUCAUAAUGGAAGGGUUUUAUGUUGUUUUCGAUAGAGAAAAUGUCCAAGUAGGCUUCGCUGCAACGACAUGUGGAGCGGAAGGACGUUUAAAUCCAAGAUCAGAGGUUUUAGGACCCUUCACGAGAGCCGAUCCCGCCGAUUGUGAGUACAUCGAAACAGAACAGGCGGACAAUGCUUUGCUCACUGUGGCAUACGUCAUGGCUGGUGUUUGUGGCCUGUGCUUGCUUCCGAUUUUUAUCAUACUUGGCCAAGCAACUUGUCGCAGAAGAAACCAAUCAAACAGCGAUGCUACACCACUACGGAGAGACUUCUAGUUUGUUCAGUAUUUUGAAGCUGGCAGCGCCAAAUAGUCGGCGACUGAUAUUUUCAUUAGCUCAACUGAAGUCCCGCCAGAGAAUAUCAUAAUUAUUUAUUAUCUAUCCUGAUACCCUUUAAGCUGAAAUAGGACGUAUAAAAUCAUAAUAAUAAUGUUUCUAUGUAUAUUUCUUCUAAAGAUGUUGCCUAGAGUCUUCUGAACCUUUAUGUGCAGUUGAAGAUAAAUUCUGAAUUCUUAGGUAGAUGACUUUAUCUAGUCGCCUUAGAAAUGCUCUCGGUACUUUCAGGUUUUACUUUCGGAUACAAAAUGCAUACAUACCUCGAUACCUGACAAUAGUUUCAUUUGAUAACUUCGGGUUUCAGGGAUGUGUGCUUGUCAUGAUUUUGAAAGGUCCUUGGUAUUUUACACAUUGAGCCGUGUAAGGGAUGUGUGCCUAGAAUGGCGCCUUUCUUUCCCGUGAAUCGUGCUUUGUCCUUUAGACAAUGAAAAAAUAAAGUAUGUUGAAUUUUGCUGCAUUCUAUGGUUGUGACUCGCGUAAUGUGCACUGUCAAUGCUAUCACAUUUAAUAUACCUUUUUACGAAGCUGUUUAUUAUUUAUUGACAGAAUUUACCUGGAGUUGCCUAUUUUUAGCCGAUUUUGUAUUACCUUUGACCGAUUCCCACCACCUUUCACCGGUUUCUCCACUUUUGGCCGAACUCACCACCUUCGACCGAUUAAUACCACUUCUUGCCGAUUCAAACCCAUUUUGACCGACUCCAACCCCCUUUGACCGAUAAACACCACCUUUUUACCUCUUACCAUCGCCUUUGACCGAUGACCACCCACUUUGACUUCUUUGACCUUUUACCGCCGCCUUUGACCAAUUACCACCACCUUUGAUCUAUUUCAACUUCCUUUGACCUUUUCCAACCGCCUUUGACCUAUUCUUUUAAAUUUUGCUCCCAUUACUUUUCUCACGUUGGUCCUUGGUCGUGCCAACAUUGGCCUCCGCCCCAUUCAUAGAUACCAGUCUGGUCGAACAACGAAAAAAUCUUUAGCUUAUUCUUCCGUUGAUAAAAGUGAAAAUAAGUCGCUGAAUACCAAAAUACUAAAGUUUAGCUCCCAAAUCAACAUUUGUAUUGCAAGGAUGCAAGUAUACACCCAUGAAUUUUUUGUUAUAAUAUUUAUGAUAAUAUUGGGUAGGAGCAUCAUAUUGCACAUGCUUAACUUAUGGGAUAAACAUCAAAUAAGAGUUAAAAUUGCUGGUCAUUUCGGUUGCUAGAAUAUUAUUAAUGAUUUGAGUUUUUGUUUAGAAUAGAAAAUUUUGUAUUUUUAAUGUUGGACGAUCUGUUUUUGUCUUAUGUAUUAUUUUUCUUAAGUAUUUGUGAUGUUAAUGUUGGAUUUGAAGGGUCCUAGUAGUUGGUGGUUGUGGCAGACAUGGAGAAAACCGCUUAGUGUAGGCCCGUGUGGAAUCGAGGUUAUUUAAUCUUUUUGAAAGUAGUUUUGGGAUAUACACGUUAUGCAUUAGUUUAAACGUAAUUUUAUUGCCAAUUUAAUACACCAUUCUAUUAAUGACGAGUAAUAAUUUGCCAACCAUAUAAGCCAAUGGUGGAAAUACGAGCAUAAUUUUUUCCUUAAUGAUAGAAGGUUAACAUUUUAGGUACGAGUGCAACUCAGCUGGAAAAAAUCAAAAAGUCACUUAGAUGGCAAAAUUUUGACAGGUUUUUGCGCUUUUCGGUAUUUUUGAUACAAAAGGCUGUUGUUAAAACACCCAUAUAACCAAAAUAUCGACUGUAUUAUGGGUGUAUGGGUAUCUUUAUCGACAUAUAUCUUUAUCAACAUUAACUUCUUAGACUUGAUUCAAAACAUAGUAUAUAUUUUUUGUGCAAAUAAUUUAUGUAUUCAGCUGUGAUUUUCAUUCAAAGCGUCCAA